AUGUUCCGGUUGCCCCGUGCUUCUGGAGAAGUGCAAAACUUCCCCAUGAGUAGGAAUAUGUCAAGGAAGGACCCUUCAGUUAGGAUGUUGGAUGAGAGGUUCACAAAGAUUUUGAAAAUUUUCAAAUGGGGACCUGAUGCAGAAAAGGCCCUAGAAGUGCUGAAGUUGAGAGUGGAUCAUCGAUUGGUUCUCGCGGUUCUCAAAAUUGAUGUUGAAGUCAAUGUUAAGAUUCAGUUUUUCAAGUGGGCUGGGAAGAGAAGGAAUUUCGAACACGAUUCAACCACAUACAUGGCGUUGAUCCGUUGCUUGGAUGAGGCUGGUGUUGUUGGUGAAAUGUGGAAAACCAUCCAAGAAAUGGUUCGGAGUACAUGUGUUAUUGAGCCAGCUGAAUUAUCUGAAAUCAUAAGAAUCUUAGGCAGGGCUAAGAUGGUAAACAAGGCACUAUCUGUCUUCUACCAGAUCAAAGGCCACAAGUGCAAACCAACAGCAAACACUUACAACUCCAUGAUCUUAAUGCUGAUGCAAGAAGGUCAUCAUGACAAGGUCCAUGAGCUCUAUAAUGAGAUGUGUAAUGAGGUUAACUGUCUCCCAGACACAGUUACAUAUAGUGCACUAAUAUCGGCAUUUGGGAAAUUGGGUCGUGAUGAUUCUGCCAUUAGGUUGUUUGAUGAAAUGAAGGAUAAUGGUUUGCAUCCAACUGCAAAGAUUUAUACUACCCUGUUGGCAAUCUUUUUCAAGUUGGGAAAAGUUGAGAAAGCUUUAAACCUGGCCCAGGAGAUGAGAGAGAAGGGGUGUCCGCCUACUGUGUUUACCUACACUGAAUUGAUAAAGGGGCUUGGCAAAGCUGGUAGGGUUGAAGAUGCUUGUGUUAUAUACAAAAACCUUCUGAGGGAGGGUUGUAAGCCUGAUGUCGUGCUCAUUAACAAUUUGAUAAACAUUUUGGGAAAGGAAGGUCGUAUAGAAGAUGCUAUUAAGCUUUUCAACGAGAUGGUUUCUUUGCGUUGCACACCUAAUGUGGUGACAUACAACACUAUAAUUAAAGCUUUAUUUGAAUCCAAAGCUCCAGCUUCUGACGCUGCUUCAUGGUUUGAGAAGAUGAAAGUUAAUGGCAUUGUUCCCAGCUCAUUUACCUAUUCAAUUCUUAUUGAUGGUUUUUGCAAAACAAAUAGAGUUGAGAAAGCUCUGUUGCUUCUUGAGGAGAUGGAUGAAAAGGGGUUUCCUCCUUGUCCAGCUGCCUAUUGCAGCCUGAUCAACAGUCUUGGAAAAGCAAAGCGGUAUGAAGCUGCAAAUGAGUUAUUUCAAGAAUUGAAAGAAAACUGUGGGCGUUCAAGUGCUAGGGUAUAUGCUGUGAUGAUUAAACAUUUUGGGAAAUGCGGGCGUUUCGAUGAAGCUUUGGAUCUUUUUAACGAGAUGAAGAAACUCGGAUGCACUCCAGAUGUGUAUGCUUAUAAUGCGCUCAUGUCAGGGAUGGUGAGGGCUAGCAUGAUGGAUGAAGCGCAUUCCUUGCUUAAAGUAAUGGAAGAAAAUGGUUGCAUUCCAGACCUAAACUCACAAAAUAUCAUUUUAAAUGGCUUGGCCAGGACAGGUGGACCAAAUCGGGCUUUGGAAAUGUUUUCCAAGAUGAAGCAUUCUAAGAUUCAACCAGAUGCAGUUUCUUAUAACACUGUUCUUGGUUGUCUCAGCCGAGCUGGUAUGCUCGAGGAGGCUGCAAAGCUGAUGAAAGAGAUGGAUUCAAAAGGUUUUCAAUAUGAUCUCAUCACUUACUCAUCAAUACUUGAGGCGGUUGGCAAGGUUGAUGAUGUUCGCAAGAUUUCCUCAGAGGGAUAUGGUAUGAGAUAG